GGAUGGUAGAACGUUUUCACCGUCAGAUAAAAACCGCCCUUAUAUCUCACUCAAACCCCAAUCAGUGGACAGAAUUCCUACCAUUAGUUAUGUUGGGAAUACGAACAUCUGUCAAAACUGACGCACAGUGUUCAGCUGCGGAACUGGUUUUCGGAACAACUCUGAGACUACCAGGUGAAUUUAUUAACCCCAAUACUAACAGUCAAAAACUUAAUUUAGGAAACUACGUAGAUCAACUACGGGACCAUAUGUCCAAACUUAAGCCAAUUAAUACUCGCGAACAAUCGCGUGCCGUAUAUGUACCUACAGACCUAAGCAAUUGCACGCACGUCUGGAUAAGAUGUGACAAAAUAAAAGCACCACUUAGCCCUCCAUUUGAAGGUCCUUUCAAAGUCGUCUCAAGAAAAUCUAAAUAUUUCGUGAUAGAAAAACAUGGAAACAUCGACACAGUAAGUAUUGAUAGGCUAAAGCCGGCUUAUCUAGAUCAUGAACCACCAUACGUGUUGUUAGAUCGUUUAACUGACAAAUCCAUUACGGAAUCGAAAUGUAAAGAUAAUAAAUCUUUGCAAAUGACUAAAACGGUUCGCUGGGCACAUCCAAUUAGUCAGUCAAGGAUGUUGACAGUUUCGGCUGCAGGAUAAAAUCUAACCACGCAGCUAAUCACACCCUGCAUCUACUUAAAAAUAUUUUUUUCCUCAUUCCGCCUCACCGACAACUCCCCAGACCUUUUACCUUUGAUAUAUACGUGUUAUGUUAAAUUUUUUUUUAAAUACUGGACACAUAAGGUAGGUAUUCCGAAACGGUGGCUGAGGAUUUUAAUCAAACUCAUACAACUAACACUGGCAAAUACAACGAAUUCAAAAAGCAACCCAGGCGAGUUUUAUAAUUUCUUUUUCUGGUUAAUUAACUAUGUUGGCUGUACUUCUUAUAUAUUUAUAUACAUUUUUCACGUAGACUGGGUAUACAUAUAUACCAUAUGAACUACUUCUAAAAGUUUUCGGUUGAGGAUAUGUUUAGUAGCUU